AUGGCCUUGGUGGAUCGCAAUUUUUGUGUUAUGUUUUGCCAUAUCGGAAACAAGGGUAAAAUCAGCGAUGGUACAGUGUUCAGAGAUAGUGUUUUAUUUGAAAAACUUCAGAGAAAUUCCUUGCAGUUACCACAACCUAAACCACUUUCUAAUGGCGAUGUAAAUGUGCCCUACGUUUUUGUUGCUGACAAUGGAUUUCCAUUGCAUCGCAACAUAAUGAAACCUUUUCCCGGCGAACACUCCGAAGGAAGUACGCGACGAAAUUUUAAUCGUAAGCUUUCUUCUGUUCGUAUUGUUGUGGAGAAUACAUUUGGUGUUAUGUCAGCCCGGUUUCGAGUACUUAGAAAACCUAUAACUCUACAACCAAACAAAGCUUCAAAAGUUGUAAUGGCAUGUUCUUUACUGCACAAUUUCUUAAGAAAAAGUUGUAACUCUCGGUCUAUUUACACCCCAUCGGGCUACAUUGACACAGUUGUCAACGGAGAAAUAAUAAACUCGGUAACUUGGAGGCAAGACAUUGGAGAAGGCGAAGGCGCUUUCAGGUCAAUGAGGAAUAUUGCACGAUGUUCAGCUUUAACAGCAAUCGAGGUUCGGAAUAAAUUCGCAGAACAUUUCAGGGACAUGAAUUAG